AUAAAGAUUAUACUAGUUUACUUGAUUAGAUGAUUUAGGAUCAUGGGCUGGACUAUAAAUAAUUGAUUAAUAAUUUGAUAUCUGAUGGAAGUAUGUCUUGUACUGUUUGUGGGUUUAUGUACGUCAGGUAAAGGAUAUAGAGUCAGUGAAGUAAUAAUAAGAUAUUAUUUAGUUCAGUCAAUCUUUUCUCUUAUCAUGCUUGUGUUUAUUUUAUUUUAUAUAUUUAAUUUAUUUUAUUUAUGUAGAUUUAUUUUAAUUCUGAGAUUAAUAGCUAAGAUAGGGUUGUUUCCGCUUCAUUUUUGAUUUAUUUUAAUUUGUGGAAAACUUGAUUGAAUUAGAUUCUUUACCUUGUCUACUUUAAUAAAAUUAAUCCCAUUAAUCUUAUUAUACUAUUUAUUUUCUACUUCAAGAUUUUCCUUUGUUUUAAUUAGUUCAUCAUUUUUUGGUAGUCUACUGGGAUUAAAUAAUAGAGUUAUUCAAAAAACAAUAGGCUUUAGUUCUAUAAUUACUGUUUGUUGAUUUAUUUAUAGAAUAAGAAUUAGAUUUAAUUUAUUUUUUUUUUAUUUUAUUAGUUAUGUAAUUAUACUUUUUUGAUUAGUAAUUAUUUUAAAUAAGUACAGAAUCUUUUAUAUUAAUCAGUUCAAGUUUAAUUCUAUAAAUUUAAGUAUAAAGAUCAUAAUUUUUAUUUAUGGAUUAAGAAUUUCUGGAUUUCCGCCUUUCCUUGGAUUUCUAGUUAAAUGGUUGGUAAUUAAUUAUUUCUGAUUACUUGGUUUUAAGUUUUUAGUAAGACUGAUGAUUUUAGUUUCAGUUCUAUCUGUUUAUUUUUAUUUACAAAUAUUUUUUUAUAUUAUACUAAUAUUUAGUAGAUACGUAAAAUGAUAUACUAAUAAUUUUGGUAGAUUUGGAUUAUUAAGAUUUCUAUUUUUAAUAUCUUAUAUUAUUCUAUUUAUGCUUUAUUAA